AUGGGGUCUUGGAAUCCCUUGAUGGUGGUGCCCGGCACGAUGGAUCCUCUUCUUCAUGAAGAUCUAUAUACCGACCUGUUGACCUUUACCUUUUGUGGUCCGACCCCGUACGAUCAAUUUCAGCCGCUGUUUAUUGAUGCCGAGGAUCCCUCGCGGUCGUUUACCGCCGCCCAGUUCCGCCAGCUAGUCCGGACUCUGAUCGCAGGUUUCAAAGCAAAUAACAUCCAGCAGGGAGAUUGUGUACUAUUACAUUUGGGGAACAGCAUCCUAUACCCUGCCCUCUUCUUCGGUAUUAUUGGGGCCGGCGGCGUCUACAUGGGAUCUAAUCCCAAGAGCCAGCCGGCCGAACUAGACCAUAUCAUUUCCCUUGCCGAACCCAAGAUGAUCCUGACGACUCGCGAUGCGCUGCCCAUGGUGAUGGAAGUGGCCACGGCGCGGGGGAUCCACCCGGGCCAGGUGUGUUUGGUUGAUGAGCAGGCCGUCGACCAUUGUGCUCAGCUGUUCCUGUGGUACGAACUAGGGUUCCCGGCCGGAGCGGAGUUCCUCACUAUGGACAAUUCUCAGCUCAAUCUGGCCCACCUGCUCUGCUACGGUGAAAGUGACUGGCUCCUCUUCACCGACCCCGUCAUGGCCCAGAAUACACCCGCGGCCAUGUUUUCGACCAGUGGUACUGGAGGCCUCCCCAAAGCCGCAGUGCUGUCUCACCAUGCGAUUGUGUCGCAUCAUCGCGCCAUUCAUUACGAGGUGCCAUAUCCUACGAGCCGGUUGAUGUCGCUGCCCAUGUUCCAUUUAUUCGGUGCAUUGUGGACCCAUUUGUUCCCGGUCCGGUACGGCCACCCAUUAUUUGUGCUGCAACGAUUUGAGAUCACCCAAUUCUUGGCUACGGUCCACCAGUUCCAGAUUUCGGAGACGUACCUGGUUCCUGCCAUUAUUCACUCCAUUAAUCGCUCCACUCUGCCCGUGGCGGAGUACCUCACCUCACUGCGUUAUGUCGGUGUAGCUGGUGCCCCAGUUGAUGCUAUGACCAUGACGCAAUUUCGAGAGUGCCUAUCGCCCUUGGCAUACGCUUGUCAAUUGUGGGGUAUGACCGAGGUGGGCGUUAUUUUCCAGACGCGAUACGGUCAGCGUGGGGACCCCGGUAGCAUUGGGACUCGAUUGAAGGGCUAUGAAGUACGCCUCAUUGACCACGAGGGCAAGAUUGUCCAAAAUGAUGAGCGGGCUGGAGAGCUCUAUGUUCGGGGACCCGGUCUCCUCCUAUCCUAUAAGGGCCGUGAGGAUGCCAAGGAUGCGCAAGGAUGGUUCCGAACUGGGGAUGUGGCUUAUGUGAAGAAUGGCUUUUACUUCAUUGUCGGACGGACCAAGGAACUCAUCAAAGUGCGGGGCUGGCAGGUUGCUCCGGCUGAAAUCGAGGCCGUAUUGCUUCAACACCCCGGAAUCAGCGAUGCUGCGGUGACCGGCAUGAACCUGAAGGACGGCACUGGCGAAGUUCCGCGCGCAUUCAUUGUGCGCACCCGCGACUCCACAGUUCCCCGAGUGACGGCCGACGAAGUUUACAAAUACGCGCGCCAACGCCUGGCUAGUUACAAAGCCAUCGACGGCGGCAUCCUAUUCGUCGAAGAAAUCCCACGCACCGCCAGCGGCAAGAUCCAACGCUUCAAACUCUCACAGAUGAAUUCUUACAGAGAAAUGGUCGCAUCGUUAUUGUCUGGAUUUGAAGGAAAGAGUCACCCGGGACGAGCCCUACCGUCCAGCGCCGACGUCCCCUUGGGAGUUGCGCCGGAAGGCCGAGUCACAGUAUGA